CAGUGCAGGAGAGGGAUCCGGAUGACGGCGAACGGAGCGAGCUAGACGUGGCAGGUCAACACAGCUCGGCACAGCAUAGCGGCAGGCUGCAGGCUGGGCAGGAUGGGGCUGUGCAAGUGUGCCAGGAAGAAAGUCACCAACCAGUUCUGUUUUGAGCACGCCACCAAUGUCUGCGAGCACUGCAUGGUGGCGGAGCAUCCCAGGUGUAUCAUCCAGUCGUAUCUGAAAUGGCUAGACAACAGCGAGUACAACCCCGUGUGUCAGGUGUGCAGGCUACUGUCCUCCGGGGAGUGUGUGCGGCUGGUGUGUUACGAUGUGUUUCACAAAGAGUGCCUCAAUGAGUGGGCCAGCCGGCUACCACCCAACACGGCCCCUGCAGGAUACAAGUGUCCUGUGUGUUCCCAGCCUGUCUUCCCCGCCGCCAACCUGGUGUCCCCUGUGGCCGACUACCUGCGGGAGACCCUGGCCGCCUACCCCUGGGCCAGGACGGGUCUUGGCCUGCCUUUGAUAGAGGAGAAGAAGAGCACAGGGGAGGUGGACUGGAGCACAGUGAAUGGAGCAGUGGUGAGUGAGACUGACAGCAGCCCUACCACACACGCCCGGCCCCCACAGACCCACACUGAGCCCCCUACACACCACCAAGAGUCACACCUGCGAGUAAACACACAUGGUGCCUCAGGUAGUGGUGGCGGUGGUGGCAGCAGCAGCAGUAAUGGUGUACGGGUGACAGCCAUGGAAGACCCCCCUAUCACCCAUUCACAGUUCAGAGACCACCACCAUCCUCACCACACUGCCACCGCCUCCACCUCCUCCGUAGCCAGCACCAGUGUGGCUCGGAAAGGCUCCUCGUCGGACACUAAGGUGGUGCUCAGCGAUGAUCUGGAUGUCGACGAGAGUGAAAAUAAAUACAAGAGAAGGUCUGCGGUGGAGUGGUUCAGCCGAUGGUGGAGGACAAUGAACCGGCCAGCAUCGCGACACCACCAAGGACUGACGCUGGGUGUGAGACGCAUGGUGGUGCUGCUGCUGGUGCUGGGGAGUGUGACGCUGUUUGUGGUGUUAUCUUACUUCAGCCGUGGUGCCUCGGACAAUGACCCUAUGCUCGACCCCUUCAAUAACCCCAAUAUCCAUGUUGAGGGGGAAUAGCUAAUGUUUCGGCCUUUUAUGGGGAGUUUGAUGUGUGUGUGUGUGUGUUUGUGUGUGUGUUCCCUUACCCUCAAAGCCGAUUGUGUCUUAUUCAUCUUGUCUUGUUCUGCUUUUUAUUUCUUAUCAUUUUGAAUUAUUGGAUGCCAUUUCUUUUCUGUGAAGUCUCUGUGUUCAUUCCUUUAUUUCAUCAGUUUUAUCCUUAGUGACACCUGCCACUGAUCCAGAUUAUAACCCCUUCAGUCCUGGAAUGCAUUUUUACCCUGAGUUUUGGGUGUGAUUAGACCAUUUUAUUGACAUGAGCAAGGAUCUAUGGAGGUCAGAAGAUUAAUGGGCAAAGUCUUCACUAGUUUAAUUCCAACAUAAUUUUCUAAAGCUGUAUAAAAUCACCAAAUAAUGAAAAUGAAUAUGAAAAUGCAUCAUGGCACUGAAGAGGUUAAAGGCAAGAUAACGUUGAGACAAUAACUACAUGAGUGCAUAUUAGAAGCCAUUUAACCCUUUCAUUGCUAUUCUGUCUUUAAUUAACUGGCUACUCUAAGGUAAUUUCUCUUGUUCUAUAGCGACUUACAAACACCGCACUGGUCAGAAAGGGUCAAAUUUGUUUUUAUUACCUGUUUUUUCAUGUUGAUGCUUAAAGAUUUCAUACAUCAUUUUUUUUAGUGUUCAUUGCUUAUUGUGGUGAAAGGGUUAAAGAACACAACUUCCUACUAGUGUUUACAGUGACGUUUUAUUUAUCACGUGUAUUGGAAAGAUGUCAUUGUUUCGUCCAGGUGACUUCGCUCAUGUCUUGUCUGCUCAAGUGAAAUGGUGGUGUAACAAAGAACAGGAAUCAUUAUGUACUUAGGAUUGUUCAGUGGAGCUCCAGUGACUGUGUGUGUGUGUGUGUGUGAGAAAGAAUGUGUGGUCUUUUGUUUAUCUCUGUCUAAUUUCCUCUAGUUUGUUUCCUGUGAUGUCCAGUUUUAGCAAGUAAGCAUUGGUUGUUUUCCCUUCAGAGUUUAUACAUGAGUGGGUUCUGCAAUGUGUGUAUAUAGUGUGACAUGAAGUGCAUGGGUUAAUUUCUUGCAGUUUAAGGCACAUUGGUUUUUAUAUUGGUCCUUGAUAUAGAUUCAGCUUAGGGGAGGUAGCUAAGCUUUGCAGAUAAACGGGGAAAUCUGCACUUUACAGACCAGUGGGCGAGCUGACUCAUCCACACAAGCUUAAUUAAAGACUGGCUGUAUUGUUUUAAAUAUAAGCUUGUCUUGAACAUUAAUUUAUGCACCAAGUAUUUACAUAACUCUACCAUUAUUGGGUGUUCUGGAGGAUGAGUGGCCGAGUGCUCAUCCUUGCUAUGCCUGAGGUGACGUGUGGACUGUGAGGGGAGUGGGACGAGGGGUCUGUGUGGGCUGUACAUAGUGUAAUAGUUUGUCUGCACUUGUUGAGUUAGUGGUAAGACGUUUCCUCACAGUGUUUGGGUUGCAGAGUAGUGUUGCAUGCAUUCUUCUUUUAAAGUCAUCACCUUAAGAGUAACUUGUAUGUAUAUUUCCGUCUAUAGAAUAUGAAGUCGGAUUCUUUUUACUUGGUACAGGAAAUGAGAACUUGAUAUUAGUCUUGAGAAAUCCAUGGCAUACUUCUAUUGUUUCUUUUUUAUAUUAUUGGCACUGAUGUAUGUAUAUAUAUGGCCUAGUAUGACAGUGUAAAUAUGAAUUAUAUAUUUCAGAUAUAAUGAG